GGGUGCUCGGCGAGUGUGCGUGUGUAUUUGGGUUUGUAUUGUGAAGUGCUUUGCGCAAAUUUAAUGUUUUUAAAGAUCAAGGUGUCCUUUCUUUUCUAUCAAGUUGGUUGCAGCUAAUAACGUUGUUGCUGUACAUCACCAUCAGUGAUCACGUCUUGCUGCGUUUCUAAACUUUCGUCAUCGCAUUCCACAACGAACGGGAGAUUCAUAAAGCAUGUCGUUCCGUGCUGAAGAGGGUGCGGCUGCGUCUGGGUUGGCUAUCAACUUGCCUAGCUCAAUAUCUCCAGAAAUCUUGAUGGCAGCUCUGGAAAUCAGCAAGGAUUUGAGCGGACGCCUUCAGACUAGAGACAACACACAGAGAGACGCUGUGACAGUUGGCAGAGGAGCUGCCGGUUCUGUAGCCUUAAAUAUCUAUACAUCAAGCGCAGACACAUCAGACAGAGACAUGACAGAGGCACAUUUGAGUGUCAGUCGUAGAGAUUUCGACACAAAUGAUGAAGAACUUCUAAAGCUAGCAAGGGAACGACCUUCUUGCACAUCAGAAAUUUUGAAAGUUUUGUCCCGUCGACCUAAACAAGAGGAAAUUUUUGAACUUUCGUUUCUCGUUCUCGAUGACUGGGAAGAGCUGAAGAUAUACAUUACUCCAAACAGUGCUUUGUUUAAGAGACGUACGAAUACGAUUGCAGCCGAUCGCAUUGCAGAAACUCAAAGAAAGUCAAAACGUUUUUUUGACAUGUGGGUAGCCACGUUUGGUACCAAAGCCAAUGUCUAUAGACUAUGCAAGGUGUUGAUCGAACGAGGCAAGCGAGACCAUGCAGCAGAAAUUUUUGGCGAAGAACCAGUUGCAUUUAUCGAAGGCGACUGAUGAUAAUAGUCAUCAGGUUUAGUUAAAUAUGUAACUAAAUUUUUGUUAUUUAUAAACAUGGUGCUGUUUAGUAAAUGCAUAGAGGUUAUGUGCUGUGUAGCAACAGGUGCCUGUUUUUAUGACCCACACUCAUUAUAAAUUGCUGUCAAAAUUGAUUGUGUGGAGAGAUAAUUAAUUCCAUGUGUAGACUGUACAGUAGCUUAUGCAACCUAUUACUGUUUUGAU